CAGAGUUCACCGGAGUUCACAAACGAUAAGGAUAUCGCUAUUUAGGGAUUUUCAUUUUGAGUUAAAUGUGAACUUUGUUUGUUGUAUAAAUGUGACAAAAAUUUGAGAGUUGGUCCACUUCUGUGAAGACUGCCAGAAACACAUGACACAACACGGACUGGAGGGGGGCGCACCACCAUGACAUCUCAACCGAGCAUUGAGGAAAGAAAUCGUCUUCGCCUUCAAGCCUGGGAAAAGAGAAACCAAGAGACCAGCCGAGCCAGAGAACAAAACCCUGUGAAUGAACAGCUUUUUGGACAACCGUACAAGACAAUUAAAGGGGAUGAGCUUUCUAAUCGGAUUCAGAGGAUGCUUGGUAGUUAUGAAGACAAUACCACAGCUGAGCCGUUUAGUGUUCCUUCCUCCUUAGCCUUUCCACUUUCAAACCUCAUUCACCCUAUAUCUGAACCUCCAUCCCACCAACACUGUGAAGAGGAGGCGCAGGGCUUCAGUCAAAGCAAUCAGUUGAUCCACUCAUCACUACAAAAAACAUCUCCCAGUGACAACAUCAACAAAAGGCAGUUCCCCACAUUUGACAGACCUCAAUACAAUUUCGCAAAUCCACAGGUUUCUUGUAAAGAUACUUCCUCUCCCCUCAACAUGACUAUUGGCAUGUUACAUUCACAAGCUUUCCAUCCACCCCUGUCAUAUAAGCAACCCAAAGCAGCCAUGAUGCAGAAGCCCACGGCCUAUGUUCGGCCAAUGGAUGGUCUGGAUCAGGUUGUGAGUGAAUCCCCGCUGCUUAAGACUUCCCCAGAGCACCACACCAGUCUGCCUGACCUCACUGGAGAUAAAUCCAUCUGGGGAAAAGCAGACUUGUUGCCGCAGUUUUUGGAAACUAAGACAAGUGAGGUUCAAUAUGUAGAAGAUAUCUUAAGAGAAAUGACCUGCUCAUGGCCUCCACUUUUGUCUGGCAUACAGAGCCCUCGCCCAGACUACCCACCAAAGCCCCAGUGCUCUGUCAAAGAAAUCAAUACAUCUAAACAAGACGAUAGCCAGGCAUCGUCCACAGAUCAAUCCCAUCCACACCAUAGUUCAUUGGUUUUGUCACAUUAUAGUGCAGUGGAUUCUGUCUGCUCCAGUGACUCGGAAAGUUCAAAAUCUGAAUCGGAGAGUGAGAGUGGCAAAAGUGAGCCAGCGCAUGUGUCAAUGGCAUCUGGGGAUUGGCAGCUGGAUAAAUUAAUUCAAUUCAGGCAACAAAACUACAGGAGUAAAAGUCAAUGGGCUAUCGCUCAAAGUCCAAAGCUCUCACCACUGAAGGAUAGUUUAAACAAACCCACUGUCAGCAUCUUCAGCCCUGCCAGAGAUACUUCAAAUCCACUUUCUUUGGAUCACAAAACUGUAAACUUCACAACAUCUCAAAAGUCUUGCUCAAGAACUCAGGAGAGCACUGAGUCCACUGAUGCCAUGAAGCAGACUGAAGAUGACCGACAUGGAGGCGUCAGUGUUCACUUUGACCAGACGUCAUCUACACAAGAGGAAGAGCCCCAACUGAAAAACGAACCAAAACUCAAAACAGAAAAAAUGUGCCAUAAACGUAGCAGCAAACAUAGUGUUGUUUUUGAAAGUGAAAGCACUAAGCACCAUCACAAAGAUAAAGAGAAGGUUUGGUCUGAGGUUUCAACAGUCUAUGAUCAGUGCACAUCUUGUAUUAAAAGCACUUUUUUUUCUAAUCGUAUGUCUCCAGCAUGUAGUUGGAGAAAAUCAAAAGCAGAAACCAAGCACAAAAAAGUUUCCAAAUUAUCUCAGAAAGAUAAAUGUGUAAAUGGGUAUUCCCCGGGCAGCUGUAAGGACGCACUGUCGUUAGUUGUGAAAAUUGAUUUAAAUCUCCUCUCGAAAAUUCCUCUGACUUCUGGCUCACUUGAAACCAACGUUGUGCAAAAAGAUGAGAAACUACAUAAAGUCUCAAACAGAAGAAAGAAGGAUAAGGAAGACCAGUCUUGUCCAAAGAAGAAACAAAAACUGCAAGACCAUAAUCCUAUUCUGCACACUACUAGACUUGAAAAUUCAGCAACAUCAAAGACCAUAGAGAAAAGGGAAAAUUCACAUCUUUUAUCUACUGCAAAGGACUGCACACUCACAAAGAACAAGCAGUACUCUGGUAAUGCACCACAGGUAAACCAGUUAAAAAAGGAACCACUGAAAAGGCAAAAAAAUCCCAAGAAAAGCUCUGGAAAAAAGAUGGAUGAGUCAACUUCGGAAAGGCAUACCAAAGAAUCUGCAGGCAACAGGCUUCUGCUUAAAUUUGAGGACCGGCAUUACCCAGCAAAGCAUUACAUCAAAGAAGCAAAGCGGCUAAAGCACAAGGCUGAUGCAGAGAUGGACAAACUUCGUAAAAGUUUUCACUACCUGGAUGCAGCUUUGUUCUUCAUUGAGAGUGGGAUUGCUAUGGAAAGUGAUCCCCAGAUCUCAAUGUCUUCCUACACAAUGUUUGCAGAGACGGUGGAACUGAUAAAAUUUGUCCUUAAGCUUACAAAUUCAGGGGACACCUCUUCAGCAGAAAGUGACUUGAUAGCUUUAUGUUUGAGAUGCCAGGCAAUCCUGCAGAUGGCCAUGUUUCGUCACAAACAGAAAACUGCACUUACAUAUUCAAAGACCCUUAUAGAUCACUUUAAUAACUCAAGCCAGUCAGCACCAGAUCCAUCAGCUUCUAUAAAAGGAAAACAUGCCCCUGUGUCCCCAAGCAACAACACUUUGCGUGGAUCUGCUGUCAUUCCUCAGGACAUUGGACAAGUGGCAUUAACCUAUGUCAACAUCACAACACUGUUCUUAAAUGCCCACGACUUGUGGGAACAAGCCCAUGAGUUUAUCAACAAGGGCAGUGGGUUAUCUGCAGAGAUGGACAAAAUAAUGGGUCAUCUGAGCCUUACUUCCACUAUGAGCUCCAUGGUUAGCUACGUUAGACGGGGGCUUCACUGGCUGCAGAUGAACAGCCCAAAGUUAAAGUGAGCCAGUGGCCUUCUCGUCUUCAUUUCAUACUCUACUCUGAAGCCAUCUGCUAUGUUGAGCAACAAACCUUUUUAAAAAUUAAUUGAUAUUAGAAUGUGCUGACACUUAAACUUUUAAAACUUGAUCAAAUUUGGCUUGAUUCACAAUGAACUGUAAGUAAAUGUAUUGCCAUGAAAUUACCUUACCAGAAUU